AUGGAGACCGGUAACUACGUUGACGAGGAGCGGCGGCAGAUCGCAGCUGAGCUUCAUGCUGAGAUCCUACCUGGCACUGAAGUGAUGGCCGAUGUUGGAUCGCAUCACUUUGUCAAAGGUGCUCACCAUCAAGUUCUCGUCCCACAACCCAGCGAUGACCCAAACGAUCCUUUGAAUUGGAGUAUCAUGUGGAAGCUUGCCUGCAUUACUUCUGCAGCCAUGGCUACGUUCAGUCAAGGCUUCGGACCGCUGGCUCUUGGGCCUAUGUUUCCUGCACUCAUGGAAGCGUUCGACUGUUCACUUGCCGAUGCGGUGCAGUUGACGGGUGUCUGUAUCCUGGUGCUAGGGUUCAGCAACUUCAUCUGGGUCCCAAUAAGCACAUCAUUCGGCCGCCGUCCAGUCUAUCUGUUUUCUCAGCUUGUCAACUUCGGCACCUCCAUCUGGCGCGCAAAAGCCAACUCUUAUGGUUCCUUCAUGGGUGCUUGUAUCGUUAAUGGCAUGGGCGCAGGCCCAUCAGAAACCAUCAUGCCAGAAGUCAUCGCAGACAUCUUCUUCCUACACGAUCGCGGAAAGUGGAACACGUUGUACUGGGUCACGUACAUGGGCUCGCUGAUGGUUGGACCCAUUGUCGCAGGAGCAAUGACAGAGGCGACGGGAUGGCGCAGCUUUUGGUGGCUCAACACCGCAGUACUGGGACUGAGUUUCAUCAUGAUAGUCUUCAUGUUCCCUGAGACGAGAUUCAAGCGCGCAAUUCCCGAGGCCGUGAAACACGUUCACACGCCUACGGUAAACGAGAAGACAGGACGUUCACAGAUGGAGAACCUCGACAGCUCCCCAGAUGUCGUAAGGGACCCUAACGAUGUGCAACACGUUACUACUACAGUAUCCUCGACUCUACCCAAUGCCCUUACCGCGAUCGACACUGCCUCCCGCGAUCCCUAUCUCGGCCACGGCACUCCUGGCAAAUGGCAAUGGAAGCUCUUCCAGCCCAACGCGCACCCUUUCCAAUCAAUACUCUUCGACCUCCGGACUCCAUGGAAACUCUUCGCCUUUCCAAUCGUUGAGUUUGCUGCCUUCGUCGUCUCCUGGAGUUGCUCUAUAUUCCUCACUGUCAACCUCACACAGAGCCAAGUUCUCGCAAGCCCACCGUAUAACUUCAAGCCCAUGACUGUCGGCUUGACUAACUUUGCUGUUCUUGUCGGUGCUUUCAUUGGGUUAUUCACUGCGGGACCACUUUCGGAUUGGGUUAGCACGAGGUCGACAAGGAGGAACAAUGGCAUUCGUGAGCCGGAGAUGAGACUUUUGGCCAUGAUUCCGUACGUCAUCAUCAUGUAUGUUGGGAACACCAUUGUCGCAGUGGGAUAUCAGAAACACUGGCCUUGGCAGGUCAUAGUCAUGAUCGGAUAUACCUGCGCUGGUAUCCAAGUUGCAGGUCUACCUGCCAUUGUUAGUACUUAUGCUGUCGAUUCUUACAAGCCGGUCGCAGGAAGCUUGUUCGUGGCAAUCACAGUCAACAAGAAUGUCUGGGGAUAUGGAUUUUCGAAGUUCGUCACAGAGUGGAGCAUGGAGGAUGGAUUCAUACCGACUAUCAUGACCAACGGUAGCAUCGCCCUGUUCUUCUGUCUGUUCGGCGUACUAUUCUGGUGGAAGGGCAAGACCGUGCGCAGAUGGUCCAAGAAUAGCAACGUGCACAAGUUGUAG